AUGACCCUGAAGGUUGCCACUCAAGAUUCGGCUGAGUCCGCCUCAGCUAUGGGGGGUUCUGAUAUCGAAACCCGCACAAUCGAUGAGUGCAAAAACUUGACUGAGAAAUAUCAGGCCAAUACACCUGCCGAGGUCAGUGACCAGGGGGUUUCUGUCAAUGGAAAUCAUAUGCCAAAGAUUGCACCCCCGGAUCCGAUUGCCAUCUGUGGUAUGGCAGUACGUCUACCCGGAGGCCUGCAUUCACCACAACAGCUAUGGGAAUUCUUGAUCGCCAAGGGUGACGCCCGCAUCCCUAUACCUAAAUCAAGAUAUAAUGCUUCUGCAUACCACUCCAAGACGGCAAAGCCAGGUACUGUCAAAACUGAGUAUGGAUACUUCCUCGAUGUCGAUCCAGCUUCCAUCGACACGUCAUUUUUCUCCAUGAAUAAGGUAGAAAUUGAGCGGGCGGAUCCGCACCAACGGCAAAUGCUGGAAGUUGCCAGAGAGUGCAUGGAGGAUGCCGGUGAAACCAACUGGAAAGGACGACCAAUUGGCUGUUAUGUGGGUAGCUUUGGUGAAGAUUGGAGCGGCAUAUUUUCCAAAGAGAGCCAACAAUACGGCUUAUAUCGAGUGACAGGAUACGGAGAUUUCGUACUAGCGAAUCGUGUCUCAUACGAGAUGGAUUUGAUCGGGCCAAGCAUGGUAGUCCGCACUGCUUGUUCCUCAUCUAUGGUUGCCUUGCAUGAAGCAUGUCUGGCAAUCAAUAGAGGCGACUGUGAGGGAGCUAUUGUUGGCGGAGCCAACUUGAUAUUAAGCCCAGAGAUGACUAUUGCCAUGACGGAGCAAGGUGUAUUAUCACCUGACGGCUCUUGCAAGUCGUUUUCCGCUGACGCCAAUGGGUACGCACGAGGAGAAGCUGUAUCUGCUGUCUUUAUAAAACCCCUAGCCGACGCCAUCAGGGAUGGUAAUCCAGUACGAGCUGUCAUUCGAGCAACUGCGUCUAACAACGACGGGAGAGGUUCUGGCUCUGGUAUUCACUUUCCCAAUGAAAUUGCUCACGAGGCUAUGAUCAGGCAUGCCUACGAGGUGGCAGGAAUAACGGAUCCUACCCAAACUGGUUUCGUCGAAUGUCACGGUACAGGGACAGCAGUUGGUGACCCCAUAGAGACUAGGGCUGUAGGUCGUGUUUUUGGUCCUGGUGAGAUCCAUAUUGGCUCUGUCAAACCCAAUCUUGGUCACUCCGAAGGAGCUUCGGGUCUCACAUCCUUGAUCAAAUCGGUACUUGCCCUGGAGAAUUCUACCAUCCCGCCAAAUAUCAAAUUCAACAAGCCCAAUCCUGAUAUUCCAUGGAAUGUUGGGCUCUCGGUUCCAACAGAGCCAAUGCCAUGGCCUAAAUCCCGGAGCGAACGUGUUAGCGUGAACAGCUUUGGUAUCACUGGCACCAACGCACAUGUCAUCCUGGACUCGGCUAAAAGUUUUGGGAUAUCCCCCACCCCGAAGAGAACUCUCACGUCGCCACAACUGCUGGUCUACUCCGCCAACAGCGCUGAAUCACUAAGCAAAAUGACCGAAGCGUACAAAUCCUACGCUUUGAAAAAUCCAGGCAGAGUCUGUGAUCUAGCGUUCACCCUAGCAAAUAGAAGACAGCAUUUGCCUCAUCGAGCGUUUGCCGUGGCAAGUCUCCUUGCUACUGUCACAGCCUCAGCACCCUCAACUUCAAGAGUCGAUGGGACACCUAGUAUCGUUAUGGUUUUUACCGGCCAAGGUGCUCAAUGGCCGCAGAUGGGCCAGUGUCUGCUCCAAAGUAGCGCGUAUCCCGCGUUCAAAAAGAGCAUCCAAUCGCUAGAUAAACAUUUGCGGACACUUAAGCAUGCUCCGGAAUCGGACUUCAAGCAUGAAUGGUGCAUCGAAGAAGAGCUUCAGAGGCUACCUGAUGCUAGCAAACUCAGUUCAGCUGAGUUAUCUCAGCCUCUCUGCACGGCAAUUCAAAUAGCUCUAGUCAACACCUUCGCCUCUGUUGGAGUGGAGCCUGCAGCUGUUGUUGGUCACUCUAGUGGCGAGGUGGCUGCUGCAUACGCCGCUGGCGCGAUUACAGCGAACGAGGCCAUCGAAAUUGCUUUUUACCGUGGGCAGGUCACGAAGCUGCAGACAAAGUCCGGAGCCAUGGCGGCUAUUGGCAUGAGAUCUGAAGAUGUGCAGAAAUAUUUGCAGCCUGGGGUAGGUGUAGUCAUUGCCUGUGAGAAUUCACCGAGGAGUGUUACUAUAUCAGGUGACUCCGAGGCGGUUGAAACUGUGGUUACCAGGAUCAAGGAGGCCCAUCCAGACAUCCUAGCAAGAGUACUGAAGGUUGACAAAGCCUAUCAUUCCCACCACAUGACGGAUAUAGGCGACGAGUAUUACUCCCUGAUUGAGGGCAGAGUUUCAGCCAAAAACCCAACAAAAUUGUUCUUCAGCAGUGUGGAGAAUAAGAUUCUUACCCAAGGCUCAAGCCUAGGUCCCAAGUACUGGCAGAAGAACUUGGAAUCCCCGGUGCUCUUCAACUCCGCAGUUUCGUCAAUUUUGCAUCACGAGAUUUCGAAGAGUAUGGUGUUCCUUGAGGUCGGACCUCACUCAGCACUCUCAGGUCCACUGAGAGAAAUCCAAAGCCAGUUUUCUGACCCUUCUUCUCCGUAUGUGUCAGCAUUCAUCCGAAACCAGAAUGAUUUGGAAUCAUUUUUGGCAGCGAUUGGAACGUUGUAUGUGCUUAAUUGCCCGCUUGACUUGAAGAGAGUCAUUCCCAACGGCAAAACCUUGCCAGACCUUCCCAGAUACCCAUGGGACCACUCAAAAAGGUUCUGGUAUGAAUCUAGGCUAAGCAAGGAGUGGAGGCACCGCGAGCAUAAGCAUCAUAGCCUUUUGGGAACUCGGGUUGUGGAGAGUCUCGACAACAAUGUUCUAUUCCGAAACAUUUUCCACUUAGACAAUGCACCAUGGAUUCGUGACCACAAGGUAGGCACGGAUAUCGUCUUCCCAUUUGCUGGAUAUGCGGGGAUGAUUGGUGAGGCCGUGCGUCAGAUCACUGGAGAUCAGAUCACCGGAACCAACGAAGCUUUCAAGCUACGGAAGGUCAUCGUAAGCACCGGCCUUGUGCUAAAUGAAGGCCAGCCAGUCGAAAUAACGACUUCACUACGCCGGAUUCCCUUGACGAACUCUUUGGAAAGUGAAUGGUGGGAAUUCGUAAUUGCUUCUCACAACGGAUCCGGAUGGACUAAGCACUGCUCCGGCGAGGCUAGUUUACAUAGUGAAGAAGCCAAAAAUGCAGAGAAGAGCAUUUCUUUCGUGCGCAAAAUUAACACCCGCCAUUACUACAAGUCAAUGGCCAAGUCCGGUCUCAACUUUGGCCCUGAAUUCCAAAGUCUUGACAUGAUCCAGACCGACACUACUACGCAGAAUGCGGUAUCAGAUGUGGCCUUCAAAGACACUGACAGCGAGGAAUAUCACUAUAUGCAUCCGACUGUUAUAGAUGCGUCACUGCAGUUGCUCAGUGUUGCUGUGUCUAAAGGCUAUGUGACGGCGAAGACUAUGGUCCCCACCAAUAUUGCAGAAAUGUGCAUAUACCGCUGCCAUGAGAAUGUUCAAGUCCGGGCUUCCGCAAGCUACACUCCAAACGGCUCCGUCAUUGGAGGCGGAAAAUGCGUCACUGCUCACGGUAAGACUGUACUACACAGCUCUGGAAUCAGAUUGUCCGUUCUGGAUGAACAGCAAGAUCCCAGUGAGGUUGGUGACACCACCUGUCGUGCAGAAUGGGGUCCUCAUAUUGGAUUUUUGAAUGCCAGCGAUCUUAUAAAGCCACUUAUUGACCGCAGUGGAACUAUGCCUAUAAUGAAAGAGCUUACUCAUUUGUGUAUGAUCUACACAAGACGGGUGAUUGCGGGCUUGGAUACUUCAAUUGACCACAUGCAUAACUAUAGAUCUUGGAUUGAGCGCCACCUUCAAUCUACUGAUCUCCAAGGUCUCGAGAGUCUGGAUAACGCUGUCAUCGAGCAGCGAGUGCAAGGCAUUAUCCAAAGCACACCCCAAGAAGCGACCGAUUAUGCUUGCAUGUUGGCCAUGCAGAAAAUCUUUAAUAACGUUGAAAAGAUUUUCACAGGUGAAAUAGAGGCACUGGACCUUCUCCUUUCAGAUGAUACUUUGACCAAUGUCUAUAUAUCCAUGGAACAAUGUGACGAAUCACUGUUCUUCAAAUCUCUAACUCACACUAAGCCCAAUCUGCGGGUCCUUGAGAUUGGUGCCGGAACAGGUGGAUCUACAGCCGAAAUUCUGAAGAUGUUAACACCUGGAAACAAAACACUCUACUCCAAUUACACCUUCACUGAUGUCUCGCCUGGAUUCUUCGUCACGGCCAAAGAGCGAUUCCAAACACAAUCAAAUAUGGAAUAUGUUGCCUUAGAUAUCAGCAAGGAUCCAUCUACACAAGGUUUUGAUGGCCGUAAGUACGAUCUGAUCCUGGCUACAAACGUCAUUCAUGCCACGAAGUCUCUCCAUGAGAGCCUGAGCAAUAUUCGGCAGCUGCUAGACCCAAACGGCUGGCUGCUGCUCCAUGAAUUGACCCCAACCUGUAAAUGGCCUAACUAUGUCUGGGGAGUUCUACCUGGCUGGUGGGCCGGUCAAUCUGACAACCGAGCAAACGAGCCAUACGUUAGUACUGAGCGCUGGAAGAGAGAGCUCGAGGCUGCUGGAUUUCAACCCAAUGCUAUGGUUCCCGAUUCUGCGGAGCCACAUCAGCUAAAUACCAUGAUUGCGGCUAAACCGAUGGUCGAGAGCAACCCCACAAAGCGUGUCACGCUCUUAACUUUGUCCGACCUAGACUCAAAAGCCUUAAUUUGUAUGACUGCGAGUCUGGAGGAACGGGGAUAUGCCAUUGAACGCCGUGGAGUCCAGGAUACGCCUUUGUCUAUGCCAGUUGGUCAAGAUGUUAUUGCCUUACUUGAUUCUGAUGAGGAAGGCCCUUUCUUAGGAGAUAUGGAUGAUAAGCGGUUUGAAUUCUUCAAAACAUUGGUGGACAACCUGAAAAAUUGUGGCAUUCUCUGGGUCACCGGCCUCUCGCAAAUCCAAUGCCAGGAUCCCAGAUUUGGCCAGAUAACCGGUAUUGCCAGGACAAUUCGCUCUGAGUUGCUAGUCGAUUUCGCUACCUGCGAGGUUGACAAGAUCAACGAUUCCUCCAUAGGAAGAAUUAUUGAUGUGUUUGAGAAAUUUCAGGCUCGCCAGGAAGAUGAAAUAUCCAAGCCUGAGUUUGAAUACGCCAUUGUCAAAGAUACGGUCCACGUUGGGCGAUUUCAUUCCUUCUCGUUCCAGGACGAACUACUGUUAUCAGUUCCAAAUGACAAGAUCGCUCUCCGCACCAGUAAGCCUGGUCGCCUGAGCGCUUUGGAAUGGGCUCACCAGGAGUCUCAAGUUCUCAAGGAAAACGACCUGGAAAUUGAGACAUAUGCUGCUGGUUUGAAUUUCAAGGAUGUUUUGUGUGCUAUGGGAAUCCUUGAAUCAUCUGGAGAUGGAUUCGGCCUUGAAGGCGCUGGCAUUGUCCUCCGUGCCGGUCCAAACUCUAACAUGAAGGCUGGCGAUCGCGUCAUGUUUAUUUCACGAGGUGCCUUUGCCACACGGGUUGUCAUAUCCGAGAAUCUUUGUGAAGUUAUUCCAGACGGAUUGAGCUUCGAAGAUGCCGCUGCCAUGCCUUGCGUGUUCGCGACAUCGAUCCACUCAUUAUUCAAUGUUGGAAAUCUGAAAAAAGGACAGUCUGUUCUGAUUCAUAGUGCUUGUGGUGGGAUUGGUAUUUCUGCUAUACAGCUUUCUCAGAUGGCUGGCGCCGAGAUAUAUACGACGGUAGGCAACGAGGAGAAGGUCAAAUAUCUCAUGGAAACGUUCGGGCUUCCCAGGAACAGAAUCUUCAACUCUCGUAACACCUCAUUCGUUGAGGAUGUGAUGCGGGAGACCAACGGUGAAGGUGUGGAUUUGGCCUUAAAUUCCCUAUCUGGCGAGCUGCUGCAUGCCACGUGGCAGUGCAUUGCACCUUUUGGUAAGAUGGUCGAGAUUGGCAAGCGAGACUUGGUAGGAUCUGGUAAGCUUGAUAUGAGUACUUUUCUAGAGAACCGUAGCUACUGCUGCGUUGACCUGGAUCAAAUCUGUUUCACUAGAGAAAAGAUGGCAAAGGAGCUGCUUAAGAACAUCGUCGAUUUGCUCCGACAACGCCAUAUCAAUCCUAUUCGGCCUAUUAAGGUUUUUACAUCUGAUACCAUUCUUGACGCAUUCCGAUAUAUGCAACAAGGUGUCCACUUAGGCAAAAUUGUUGUGUCAAUGCGCGACAAGACCGGUCAGACUAGUAUUGGGAAGGAUGUUCAGCCUCGAAAGAAGAUUAUGCAAUUCGAUAGCUCUGGUGCAUAUCUGCUUGUUGGUGGACUCGGAGGCUUAGGACGCUUUAUCUCCACUUGGAUGGUAGAAAAUGGGGCCCGUCACCUCGUGUAUCUGUCUCGGAGCGCGGGUUCAAAGAAACACUUGGAAUUUGCCCAAGAACUUUCCAGCAUGGGCUGCCGCGCCAGCUUUGUCCAGGGUAGUGUUGACAGGCUUGAGGACGUUUCUAGGGCCAUCGCACAAGCUCAAGGGCUCAAGGGUAUAUUACAGAUGUCAAUGGUCCUAGCUGACCAAAGCUUCCCACGCAUGACCAUGAACGAGUGGAAUACGGCUAUUGAUCCAAAGAUCAAAGGAACCUGGAACCUUCACAAUGCUUCAUUGUCCGCGGAUCUUGACUUCUUCAUUCUUUUCAGCUCAAUUUCCGGCCUGUUUGGACAGCCUGGCCAAGCAAAUUAUGCUGGUGCUAAUAGCUUUUUGGACGCCUUCUCUCAGUACCGUUUGGGCCUGGGGCUACCAGCUUCCUCGAUCCAGAUAGGUGCCGUCAACGAUGUGGGGUAUCUCACUGAGCACGAUUCACUUAUGCAGAAAAUCAUGGCUUCCAACGCCGGAGAUUGGGAUGUCUCUGGACGAGAGCUCCUUGAAGCGAUUGAGGCAGCUGUACAAUUGAAGUCACAACCUAGUUUCUGUCUUGGAUCUCGCGCGAGUGCAUCAUCAGGGAGUGGAAGCCGUGCUCCUUGGAAGAAAGAUCUCCGUAUGGCGGUCUUCAACAAUUCUGAAGAGGCUGGCAGUUCCAAUUCAUCCGGCUCCUCCUCCAGUGAAAGCCUUCAAUCUUUCCUAGCUGCGGCCAAGGCUGACCAAGCCUUACUUGACCAGCCCGACUGUGCCCACUUUCUCGCCGUUCAGAUCGGAAAGAAGGUUUUCAACUUUUUGUUAAAACCAGAAGAAGAUCUGCAGACGUCGUGCUCCCUGCCUGAUCUUGGAAUCGAUUCUCUUGUGGCCAUCGAAGUGAGGCAGUGGUGGAAAUUGACCUUCGGGUUCGACAUUAGUGUGCUCGAGAUGAUGGGGAUGGGUAGUCUGGAUGCCCUUGGAGAACACGCUGCUCGUGGAAUGCUCAAAUUGUAUCAUGGAGUUGAAGCAUAG